AUGUCAUCGAACGGGGUUUCGGUCAAGGACCGGUUCAAACAAGUGUAUGGUCGACACAGAAUUCAUCGCCGCUCGACACUCCUUUCUCUGUCCAAUGCCGCACACGCAGCUCGUCGGGCGAAUUCGAUGCCGCCUGGUCAUGGAAUCUCUCGUUCUGGUACCAGUGGCGUUCGAACCGCAAGCAUGGGCACCAAGCAAUUGAGUUCUGGAGAUGGAGAUGCACCCAAACAUACCAUUGAGAACGACCCGAAUCUCGCUGAGCUAGCUGCCAAGAGGGAUGAGACGAACGGUUUUAUCCCGGCGCACAAGAAGACGGUUUUACAAACAAUGAAGACGAUUGCGCUGUCGAAUUAUGCCAACCCGUUGUUGGUGUUCGUGCCGGUGGGAAUCGCGUGUCACGCGGUGGGCGUGAACCCCGUCGUCGUCUUUGUCAUGAACUUCCUGGCGAUCAUUCCGUUAGCGGCAUUGCUGUCGUACGCAACGGAGGAAAUCUCAAUCAGGAUUGGAGAGACCCUGGGAGGUCUCAUGAAUGCCUCUUUCGGAAAUGCGGUCGAACUGAUUGUGGGUAUCAUCGCCCUCCUUCAAGACGAGAUCACCGUCCUUCAAGCCUCCCUCCUAGGAAGCAUGCUCUCCAACCUCCUCCUCGUCCUCGGAAUGUGUUUCAUCGCCGGCGGCUCCCGCUACAAAGAACAAUCCUUCAACUACACCUCCGCCCAAAUGUCCGCCUCCCUCCUCAUCCUCUCCAUCUCCUCCCUCCUCAUCCCUGCCGCGUUUUCCAACAGUUUCGAUACGGCGGCUGAGGCGGAAGAUGGGGUUUUGAAGAUCUCGAGGGGAACGAGUGUGAUCUUGUUAGUGGUUUAUGCGACGUAUUUGGUGUUUCAGUUGAAGACGCAUACGUACUUGUAUGAGGAGGCGGAGGAUGAGGAGAGGGAUAUUGCGGGGGUUGAUAGGGAGGGAAACGAUAUCGAGAUGCAACAACAACGGACUACACAACCCGAAGGUUUCGAAUCAACCCUCCCCACCGACGAAGCUCGCCUCGAUAACACCACUACCGCUACCGAAGGAGCCGUUUCCGAAGAAGAAGAAGAAGGCGGAGAGGUGGCGAACAUCACUCCCAUCGCCGCAAUCAUCCUCCUCAUCUGCGUAACCGUCCUCGUUGCCGUCUGCGCAGAAUUCCUCGUCUCGUCAAUCGACGCCCUCGUCGAAGAAUCCGGCAUCUCCCGAACCUGGGUCGGUCUCAUCCUCCUCCCUAUCGUCGGAAACGCAGCCGAACACGUCACAGCCGUAACCGUCGCCUACAAAAACAAGAUGGACCUCGCGAUCGGUGUAGCUGUGGGGAGUAGUUUGCAAAUCGCGUUGUUGGUUACGCCGUUUAUGUGUUUGUUGGGCUGGUGGACCGGACAUGCGAUGAGUCUGGAUUUUAAUACGUUUGAGGUUGUGUUGUUAUUUGUUACGGUUAUUUUGGUGAAUUAUUUGAUUGGGGACGGGAAGAGUAAUUAUUUGGAGGGGGUGUUGUUGUGUGCUGUUUAUCUGAUUAUUGCGGUUGCGGUGUGGUUUUAUCCGGAGGUUGCGAGGUAAGCGAUAGCAAGGCAUAGG